AUGGCCUCGUCUCUAAAACAACCCUCGUUGUUCCUCGCUUGUGUCCUCCUCAUGCUCAUGCAAGAAAUGCCUUGUCUUGCUUCAUCUCGAAGCUCUCCUCUGGUGGCCCUUGCUGGUGCUAGUAACCAAACGGUAAACAAGGAAGUGGAGGCACUCCUAACAUGGAAGUCCAAGCUAGAUAGCGAGAGUCGCUAUACUCUAUCUUCGUGGAAUGGAAGCAGCCCUUGUUCAUGGCGCGGAAUCGUUUGUCAUCCUCUUGGGAGCGUUGUGAGCUUGAACCUUUCAAAUUCUGCCAUACGUGGUAUACUUCAUCAUCUCAAUUUCUCUCAAUUGCGCAACUUGGUCACUCUAAAGUUUGGUAACAACUCGCUCUUCGGUAACAUCCCUCCGAGCAUUGGCAAUCUUGACAAGCUUGCUCAUCUGGACUUGUCUCUAAACAACCUUUCGGGAAACAUUCUAACUCAAGUCAGGUCCAUGCAAUCUUUACAAAUUAUCAAUUUGUGGAAAAAUAAUUUCAUCGGCUCCAUUCCCAAUCAGAUAUAUAGUUUGACCAACUUGUCAGGCCUAUCCCUUUCAUAUAAUAAGUUUUCUGGUUUCAUCCCUAAAGAAAUAGGAAUGCUCAAAUCUCUCAAUUCUCUCUACCUAGAGAAAACCCUCAUCAUUGGUCCAAUUCCUUCUUCCAUUGGAAACAUUAGCAGGUUGUCGGAUUUACGGCUUUCCAAUAAUCAUCUGGUUGGGUCCAUUCCAAAGGAAAUAGGAAUGUUGAAGUCUCUAAGUCAACUCGAUUUAUCAAACAAUGAUCUCAAUCGAUCAAUCCCUACAACUCUAGGAAAUUUGAGUAAUUUGGCAUUUCUUUAUCUCUAUGGCAACCAACUUUCUGGCCCCAUACCUUCGGAAGUUGGAGGAAUGACAUCCCUCAUACAUUUCGAACUGCUAGUCAAUGAUUUAACAGGUCCUAUCCCGUCAUCUAUAGGGAAUUUGAGCAAUCAGGAAAUCCUUCAACUUUACCAAAAUAAGUUAUCUGGUCCUAUUCCUAAAGAACUAGGAAUGCUCAGAUCUCUCUCUAAUCUCGUGCUUAUGGAAAACAGUCUCUGUGGCAUGAUUCCAUCCACUAUAGGUAACUUAAGCAAACUCACAGACCUGCAACUAGCCUCUAACAAGUUUGUUGGCCAAUUGCCACAAGAUAUUUGCAAUGGUCGAGUUCUUCAAAAUUUUUCCGCGCGUGACAAUUACUUCACUGGUCCAAUUCCGCGAGGCCUCAAAAACUGCGCGAGUUUGUAUAGAGUUAGGCUCCAAAACAACCAACUCAAGGGAAAUAUAUCUGAGGCUCUUGGCACAUACCCUUACUUAGAUUAUCUUGAGUUGAGCAACAAAGAACUUUACGGUGAGCUACCACCUAAAGCGUGA